CCGGGUCUGGACAGCCCGGGUGGGGACGGCUCGUUGCAGAAAUGAGAAUUCAGCCCCGAGGAGGCCGUGACUCAGAUUUGCCAGGCUGCGUUUCCAGCCGCCGCGCUGCCUGCGGCUGCGGUGGGCGGCGGGAGGAGAGGCUGCCGGAGAGGGGCUGAGCGCCGGCUUCGCUUUUUACGCCCCGAAUCCCUGGGGACGGGGAAACCGGGGAACGACAGCUUGUCCCCCCCAUUAGCCACCAUCACCUCUGCCGUCACCGGAGCAGCUUCCAUCCGGGAGCUCCCUGCAAGCGUGGGCAGCACCGGGGGGGAGGCAUCACCUUCCCUAAUAAGCGAAGGUGAGGGACGAGCCCCCCAUCCUCCUGCCGGUGUCCCCCCCCCCCCAGCGUCUCGUUUGCUGUAGCACAGCCCUCCCCGCCACCUCCCUUCCCUGGGCUGUGGUGAUGGACUCUCCCAGCGCUCAGCGUGUGUGGCGGAGGCUGCGACAUUAACGCUGGGUCUGGUACCCGGGAGCUAUUUCCUUGCCGUAUCCCUGCCGGAGCAUCCUUCCUCAUCCUCGCAGCGCAGGAGGCAGGUGCCAAACGGAAGAGCUGGAGCAGAGUGAGGGCUGAAACAGGUCCCCCCCAUGUCCCCCCCCAGACAGUGACACACGGAUGGGUAGCGCCGUUGCCCGUCUCCCUGCAUCCCACUGCUGUCCCCGGGCGUGAGGGCGCAGCCUCCAACUCAGAGACCUCUCUCCUCAUCCUGGUGUCCUGGUGGAUCCCCCCGGCACCAUGGAUGAGAGCUUCCGAGACCGGACGGCGUUCAUCCGGGGCGCCAAGGACAUCGCCAAGGAGGUGAAGAAACAUGCGGCCAAGAAGGUGAGCAAGGGCAUGGACCGCAUGCAGGAUGAGUACACCAAGCGCUCCUACUCCCGCUUCGAGGAAGAGGAGGAUGAUGAAGACUACCCGCCUCAGGACGGCUACUACCGGGGGGGUGAGGGGGCCAACGAAGAGGAGGGGGCUUCCAGCGAUGCCACCGAGGGGCAUGACGAGGAGGACGAGAUCUACGAGGGCGAGUACCAGGGCAUCCCCCGGCACGACUCGAUGAAAACCGGGGAGCGGCUGGGGGCCGAGGUGGCCGUCGGCGCCUUUGAUGACAGCGAGGGCCAGCGGCGGAAGGACAAGGAGGAGCUGGCGCAGCAGUACGAGCUCAUCCUGCAGGAGUGCGGCCAUGGCCGCUUCCAGUGGACCCUCUACUUCGUCCUGGGACUGGCCCUCAUGGCCGACGGUGUGGAGGUCUUCGUGGUGGGCUUCGUCCUGCCCAGCGCUGAGAAGGACAUGUGCCUCUCUGACUCCAACAAGGGCAUGCUGGGGCUCAUCGUGUACCUGGGCAUGAUGGUGGGCGCCUUCCUGUGGGGCGGGCUGGCUGACCGCCUGGGCCGAAGGCAGUGCCUCCUCAUCUCCCUCUCCGUCAACAGCGUCUUCGCCUUCUUCUCCUCCUUUGUCCAAGGCUACGGCACCUUCCUCUUCUGCCGCCUCCUCUCGGGCGUGGGCAUCGGUGGCUCCAUCCCCAUCGUCUUCUCCUACUUCUCGGAGUUCCUGGCGCAGGAGAAGCGCGGGGAGCACCUGAGCUGGCUCUGCAUGUUCUGGAUGAUCGGGGGCAUCUAUGCCUCCGCCAUGGCUUGGGCCAUCAUCCCCCACUACGGCUGGAGCUUCCAGAUGGGCUCGGCGUACCAGUUCCACAGCUGGAGGGUCUUCGUCCUGGUCUGCGCCUUCCCCUCGGUCUUCGCCAUUGGGGCACUCACCACCAUGCCUGAGAGCCCCCGCUUCUUCCUGGAGAACGGCAAACACGAUGAGGCCUGGAUGGUGCUGAAGCAGGUCCAUGACACCAACAUGAGGGCCAAGGGCCACCCCGAGAGAGUCUUCUCGGUCACCCACAUCAAGACCAUCAAGCGGGAGGACGAACUCAUCGAGAUCCAGUCGGACACCGGCACGUGGUACCGGCGUUGGCUCGUCCGAUUCCUCAACCUCUCGCAGCAGGUCUGGAGCAACUUCCAGCAGUGCUUCGCGCCCGAGUACCGCCGUGUGACACUGAUGAUGAUGGCCGUGUGGUUCACCAUGUCCUUCAGUUACUAUGGGCUGACGGUCUGGUUCCCGGACAUGAUAAAGCACCUGCAGAACAUCGAGUACGCCUCGCGCACCAAGCUCUUCACCCGCGAGAAGGUCCGGCACUUCACCUUCAACUUCACCCUGGAGAACCAGAUCCACCAGGGCGGGGAGUACUUCAAUGACAAGUUCAUUGGCCUGAAGAUGAAGUCGGUGACGUUCGAGGACUCGCUCUUCGAGGAGUGUUACUUUGAGGACAUCACCUCCAGCAACACCUUCUUCAAGAACUGCACCUUCAUCUCCACCGUCUUCUACAACACGGAUCUCUUUGAGUACAAGUUCAUCAACAGCCGGGUGGUGAACAGCACCUUCCUGCACAACAAGGAGGGCUGUCAGCUGGAUUUCAGCGACGACAACAACGCCUACAUGAUCUACUUCGUCAGCUUCUUGGGCACCUUGGCUGUCCUCCCCGGGAACAUCGUCUCGGCCCUUCUCAUGGACAAGAUCGGCCGCCUCCGCAUGCUGGCCGGCUCCAGUGUCAUGUCCUGCGUCAGCUGCUUCUUCCUCUCCUUCGGGAACAGCGAGUCGGCCAUGAUCGCGCUGCUCUGCCUCUUCGGUGGUGUCAGCAUCGCCUCCUGGAACGCCCUUGAUGUACUCACCGUGGAGCUCUACCCCUCCGACAAGAGGACGACGGCCUUCGGCUUCCUCAACGCCCUCUGCAAGCUGGCGGCCGUGCUGGGCAUCAGCAUCUUCACCUCCUUCGUGGGUAUCACCAAGGCGGUGCCCAUCCUCCUGGCCUCCGCCGCCCUGGCCCUCGGCAGCUCCCUUGCCUUGAAACUGCCCGAAACCCGGGGGCAAGUCUUGCAGUGAUGGGGGGGGGGGGACGACACACUCCCCCCCACACUCCUUCUGCCACCUCCCCACCUGGCCCCCCCCCCCCCCCCAAAUCCCAGCUCCCCUCCCUACCUCCCCCCGGGGGAUUAGUCUCGUUAGACACUGUGAAAUGUCUUCUUGGAGCAUUUUGGGAUCUUUUUCAUUUGCACUUGGCCCCCCCAAAAACCCCUGUCCCCACCCCUGAAGCCCCCCCCUCCCAUUUAUUUUCUCGGUGUCAUCCCCUCUGUGAAUAGCUGCUCGCUCCUGGGGGGCUGCAGAGGGCUGAGGGUGGGGGGUCGGGGGUCCCUCGGCCUUGCGGGGGUGUGGGAUGGGCCCUGUGCCCCCUCCAGCAUCCCUGCGGGGCCAGGGAGGGAGGAAGAGGAGGAGGAGGAGGACAAAGGCUCCACUCUCAUCGUGGCAGGGAUGGGGCGGUGGCAGCUCCGUGCCUCAGUUUCCCCAUCCGUAAGGACAGUGGCCGGCGCUGCAUGGGGUGAGGCCGGCGGGUGAAGUGGCGGGGGGAGGGGGUGCCCCUCUGCACCCCAGGAGGAUUUUGGGGGGAGGCAUCCCGGGGGGGUGCAGGACCCCCGGGGGUGCACAGCGCGUGGGCACGCGCAAUGCCUUGGGGUGCUCAACCCUUUGGGGCGCAUGUGUCGGGGUCCAUGGGACGUGGGGGUGCUCAACCCUUGGGGGUGCCCGGCACGUUGGGGUGCUGCGUGGCAUUUUAGGGUGCCGCCUACUUAAAGCACACGACCCCGGGGGGUGCCCGGCACCUUGGGGUGCACAACUCUUUGGGGUGCAGAGCCCCUUGCUGAGCACAGCACCCCGGGGUGCUGACAGCCCUUGCCCUCGGUGUAACUUUGGGGUGCGCUGGGGGGGUCCAGCCAGGACUGGGUGUCCUGAGGCAUCACCCAUGGGUGCUGCCCCGCUUGCCGAUGGGGGUGCAGGGGCUGCCCCCCCCCCCUCGAAUGUUGGGGGGGGCACAGCUGCAUUUUGGGGUGCAGUGGCGUGGGGACUCCCAAAACUGCCAUUUAAUUUUUUUUAACUCGUUUUUAAAGGAUUUUCUUUCUUAGGGGGAGUGGCGUGGGAUGGGGGAGGGGCACAGGGUGCUCCUUGCACCCCCUUUCCCCCCCCCCCCCCCCCCCCCCAACCACCCCAGAGCACAAAACCACCAGCGGUUUGCAAAGCACAAAGCAGUGCCCAGACGCAGCACUGGCACCCCCCCAAAAAAAAAAAAAAGUGGGGUAAGGGGGGGGGUUCCCGGGGCUGGGACCCUCCCCAAAACCAAGCAGGCUGGGCGUGGGGGGGGCUGUCCUGGCGCUGUGCCCCCCCCCGCCCCCGGGUCUGUCCCCAGGAAGAGAUGGGAAGUGUUGGUCUAUGCAAAAGCGCUUCGGAGGCCCCUGGCAGCACCCCAAAAUCGUGGGCAGUCCCCCCAAAUAUUUAGGGCAGCCCCCCCUGCCUCAGCCUCGCGAGCAGCCCCUCCUGUACCCUCUAAGCGAUCGAGCGGUGUGUGCUUCAUCUCCUCCUCCUCCUCCUCCUCCUCCUCCCCCCCCGUCCUUCGGUGUAGCUGGUCCGUGGGGGAGCACCCCCGUAGUUCUGUCUGUUCGCAGUCGUGCUGUGCUGUAGUUUUUAGAUGUUUGUAAAUCAAUUAAAGAAACAAACAAAAAAACA